AUGGACAUGAGCCCAAUAUAUUUUGGGUCCAGUGAGUUACAGGCCCAAAAGAAAUAUAUAUCUGGUUUUAGCUCUACCUCAUCUUCAACAGAAAAACCAGUCUUCUUCUCUGAGAAAGUUACACUCUGUAGACCACUGAACAAUACUAAUGUUUGGUCAUUGAGAAUUUCUUCCCAGAAUCCAAGAAAGCAGCAGCAAACGGAACAGAGAGAAUGGUUGAACUUGAGUUUUAAGCCGGAGAAUUUCCUUCCGGGAGUUGUCAUUGGCUUCAUUCUUGGGCUGUUGUUGGAUUUGUCACAGCCUGGCAAGGGCUCUUUAAGGAUAAAGAAGAAAAAUUUCUCAGAGGGUAAUCCCCAACAGAGAAGUUUGGUCUCGACCAAUGGUGAUGAAGAGCUUAAAAUGGUUCUGGUAGUUAGACGAGACCUGAAGAUGACAACUGGAAAAAUCGCAUCUCAGUGUGCUCAUGCUGCCACUGGCAUGUAUGCAGAACUGAGUCAAAGCCAUAGGUCACUUUUGAGACAAUGGGAGCAAAAUGGGCAACCCAAAAUAGCGGUUACAUGCAAGAAUCAACAAGAAAUGAAUAAGCUGAAAGAAGCAGCUGAGGAUAUUGGCCUUCCAACAUUUGUUGUCGCUGAUGCAGGGCGAACACAAAUUGCGAGUGGGUCAAAGACAGUUCUUGCCGUUGGACCUGGACCAAAAGAAUUGGUAGAUUCAGUGACAGGGAAACAGGGCCUUCUCUGAAGUUAUGUAGAAACGAAGGGCUAUUUCCUACACCAUCAUUGUUCUUAUAGUUGUAAUGGGAGCUUGUUUCCUUCUUCUCUAAUUGAAGCCUAUAAUAUGCAGUCAAGUUGAAGUUUGAUUCCACCAUUCUGCCAUGGCAGAUGCCUUUUUCCUAGUGUUAUAAGGAAGCUUCUCUAAUUCCAUUAGGUGUCUAACUUCACUUGCGGAUAGGGGAGAUAGCUUGAACUUUCCAUUGUUUUGAUUCAGACAUCUGAGAACAUAUUGUAAAUUUGUAUUAAUGUAUUGAAACUUGAAAGGAGCAUGAUAGGUAGUUUGCAAAUUCAAACUAACAGCUUAGAUUUUUUUUUUAGUACUUGU